AAACUCCCUCCCUGCGCUCCCGAGUCAUAGAAUUUUCGGAAGAUUUUCGAUUUUAAAUCAAAAAUGCAAAAGGACGUCUUAUGAAAUCUAAAUAAGUCAAAAUUGCUGUUAAUCAAUGGCUAUAUUCAAAAUCAUUCGUUUACGGCGUCUGUUUUCGAAAGUACUAUUGACGGCCCAGUCAUUGGCGCAGAAGAGCUCUUGUAUGUUUUCCACGACGUCACAACAUUGUGCUAGCCAUUAUGACGUCCUGGGUCUCACACCUAAAGCGACGCAAAAUGAUAUUAAAUCCGCGUACUACAAACUAUCCAAGGUGUACCAUCCUGACAAAUCCGAUAAUGAAACGUCAGCUAAAAACUUCAGAGCAAUAACGGAAGCAUAUGAAGUUUUGGGAAAUGUCAAUCUGAAGAAAAUGUAUGACAGGGGGUUGCUGGUAGGGAGGGAAAAUACUACGCGUAUGGAAUAUAAACCAGAUCCAGAGCCCACCGAUCCUGUACUUAAGUUUUAUAAAUCACGCACAUUACGACACAUGAACUACACUGUAGAUAAUCGGCCAGUCUAUGACUUUGACACUUGGACCAAAGAACACUACGGAAAUCUGUUUAGACAAGCUCAGUUUGAUAAAGAUAUGGUCAAUAAAAAGCAACAAAGACGAGCCGAAAUAAUUCGUAAUAAUAAUCAAGAAGCGUUAAUCUACAUGGUGUUUGCAUUAGGAGGACUAUUUGUCUUGCUCUUAUUUCAGGGCAAGUCAGAAUAUGAUAUAGAUAAGGUUUCUGUAAAUAAGCAAAGGAAAGACGAGACUAAGUAGAACAUUUGAAUGAGUCACC